AUGGGUGAUUUUGGCCCCUCGGUGUCCGACGAGCGAGAACAGCUCCGCGAUAGCCUCGUUGUGAUCAAGGAGUCCGUUCAGGACAUCCAUGUGCUAGUUACUGGCUUUGGUCCCUUCAAAACUAACCCUCUAAACCCCUCCUAUCUAAUCACCUCCGCCCUUCCAAAAAUAAUCACUCUCCCACAAACCACCCCCACCUCCCCUCCGCGCCGUAUCCUCAUCCACACUCACCCCGCCCCAAUCCGUGUCUCCUACUCCGCCGUCCGUUCCGCCAUCCCCGCCAUAAUAGAUGCCUUCAAGAACGACCAUGACGGCCGCCCACCGGACUUCGUCAUCCACAUCGGUAUGGCGUCCACGCGGGACUAUUACGCCGUGGAAACCCUGGCCCGCCGCGACGGGUACAACUACACAGACGUAGAGGGGCGCCUGGGCUUCGAGGAUGGUGAGGCUAUCUGGAAAGCGGCGGGUUUGCCGGAGGUGCUUAGGCCGGGUCCACGCACUAUGCCUGGUGAUGCUGAUGGUGAUGAUGAGGAGACCAGGGGCGGCGAGGCGGUGGGUGAGGGUGAUGGAAGUGCUGCUACGCAGAGAAAGUCGUCUACCACGGUCUACACCACCAGGGGGAUAUCAGCUACUGUCGUUACUGACACUACCAUCACAAUACCCGCCGCCAACGCCAACGCCAACGCCAUGACAACCACAACCACAACCACAACCACCACGACAACGACGACAACGACUUCCCCCCCUCCAUCAUCAUCAUCAUCAUCAUCAUCAUCAUCAUCAUCACCGUCACCAGCACCAGACCAGCCCACCAAACAACCACAAACCGAAGCCCCAGCAGCCACAAACCCCCCCCUUAGCACAAUCACAACAACCAUAACCACCACCGCCUCCCACACGCCCACCUCCCCCUCCCCGCCAGACGCCCGCUUCCUCAACGCCUGGAAAUCCUUCGCCCCGCGCGGAGCUGACGUGCGCCUCUCCGACGAUGCCGGCCGCUAUCUAUGCGAGUUCAUCUACUAUACCAGCCUGGCGCAUGCGUACAAGGAACGGCGCAAUCGGAGCGUCGUGUUCCUGCAUGUGCCUGGACGGACGGACGAGGAGGGGAUCCAUCUAGGGAGGGACGUUGCGGUGGGGCUGGUGAGGUGUUUGGUGGCUUGCUGGGUUGUUUGAAUGAAGGUUUUAGAGAAAAAAAAAAGAAGGGAGGGGGGGGUAUUGAAGUGAAAUUGGGAUUGGAAAGGGGGAUUGAGUCAAAUAAACUAUUCUCCCGCCCUGUCGUGUCAUGUCGUGUCGUGUCGUGUCGUGUCGUGUCGUGUCGUUUCUUCGCAUGUACUGUACGUAUGGGGCCACUUCUUAAUGUGAUGAUGUGAUGAUGAUAAUAGCUUCUUUUAAGAUAUCUCUAGCAUAGCACUCUUGCCUGGUUAGCUAAUUUUGAAGAUACAAUAAUUGUACAUACAUCCUGUACUCCGCACGGAGCUUCAAACAACUAAGUUUGACGAUUUCUAUAACGAUGACGUAGUGAAUGAAUGGGGUAUGAAUGAAAACACCGGUGACACGAUUUUAGUAGCUUUAAAUCAAUUGAAGUACUCCGUAUAACCAUUGAGAGGAGAUGCGUAAAAUUGAAAAGAGCGAGAUGGCUGUAUAAUAGCAGAAAGCAGCUUCAAGAGGAACAGAGAACGAACUGCUAAAAAAAAUCAUAUGAGAAUGAAUUACGAAAGCCCGGUUUUAAUUAGUAUAUAUGGAGUACGUGGGAUAUUCCUCCUCCUUGUACUGUACACUG